CUCCUUACUCGACGAUUUCCGCUUGCUGACAAGUCUCUCCACUUGAUAUAAUUUCGCCCCGGGUUUAUAAUUUCUUUUGCAUGUAGAAAAGGUUCAAAAUCCGCCGAAGAAAGAUUAUUCAGAGCAACAUAAUUUACGCAGUCUUUGCUUCGAACCGAUCUUGCCAUAUUCUUUCACGUAAUCCGAUACCUCCGGGCAUGCUCCGUUCAACUAAGAGUACACCGCAUUCAGAAAGUAUCGUGUGAACAAAAUGACUCCGAUUUCUGGUAAUGCAAAGCGUGGCAGCCGUUGUUUCUGUUAGUUUCUAGAAAUUCUUGGCUAGUUUUUAGUUAUUUCUGAGAAGGUGAGCGUCAUCCAUACAAUAUUUCGCGAUUGGUCGAUUUUUCAGUUUGACGCCGGCACAAUACAUUUGCGUGAUCGAUCAUAUCUCAAAAUGUAAAGCUCAUUUAUUCAAAGAAAAUUAUGGAUGCCAAAAAGCUGCAGGAAGAUUUGCGCUGCUGUGUGUGUAUGAACACAUAUACUGACCCGAAGCAACUGCCAUGUUUACAUUUUUUCUGUCUUCAAUGCUUGAACGAUAUUCAACGGCAAAGUAAGGAUUGCGACAUCAUAACAUGUCCAGAAUGCCGUCUAGAAUUUUCUGUCGAGAACAGUGGAAAUCUGAGCGACCUUCCGACAAACAUUUGUGUCAGCAACAUGCUCAACGUUGUGGCUAUAAAAGAGGGCAACAUAACAGAAGUGAAAUGUGGAAAUUGUGACAAGAGGAGUUCGAAUUGUUUCUUCUGCUUCCACUGUUGUUCAUUCUGGUGUGAGGAGUGUGUUGUUGCUCAUAAUACAAUCAAAACUAACAGAGGACAUCGUGUUCGUCUUGUAAACGAUUUGCGAGACUACGACUUCAAAGAGCUCUCAAGGCGAAUCGUGGGACCUGCAUUCUGCUGCAAGAAGGACCACGAAAACGAGGAAUUGAGAUUCUUUUGUAAGAAUUGUGAAAGGGCCAUAUGCAACAUUUGCAUCGUUACAGACCACAAGCGUCACACACUGAUGCUCUUAGAAGACGCUGUUGAUGAAGCGAAGGCAGAAGUCGAAUCUUUGAUUAAUUCCAAAAAGAAACUAAUAGAAGAAAAGAAGAGCAAAAUAAAUGAAGUCGAAGAAAAAUGUACCAAAUUUCAAAAUAAAACAUCGAUCGCGAAACACAGCGCACGUGCGUUUGCAGAUGAUAUGAUCGCGGUCAUUGAGGCGAAGACGCAAGAAAUGUUUGAGAAAGUGGAUAAGAAUUCUAAGGAAGUAUUCGAUUUUUUUAAACGCCAGCAGUCCUGUCUGGAAAAACAAAUAGAAGUAAUUGAGAAAGAUUGCAAAGAAACUGAAGAGUUUGUAGAACAAAGUGCAAGCGUUGAGCUUCUACGGUACAAAUCGAAAUUGGAAAAAUCACCUUGUGUCUUUGAACAUGAAACUGGAAGCCACGAUGACCUAUCAGUAUUUUGCCACUUACUUUUAGAAAAGAAUGAUACAUUAAUGGAUGCAGUAAAGUCUCAAGGAAUUGGUUCAGUCAAAACUCUCCAGACCUUGACGUCACCUGAUGAGUCUUGCGUUGAAGGGAAACGAAAAUGCGGAAAAUCGACAGUUGGGUUUAAAGAACGGUUUGUUAUCACCACGAAAAACGUUAGAGGCGAACAGUGUUACACAGAGGAUGACAGAAUAAGAGUAAAGGUUGUAAAUUGGGACAGCCGUGAUAGUGUCACGACAGCGCAAGUCCGCGAUAAUCAAGAUGGCACCUACUUCAUCACUAAUUUGUUUGCGCAAACAGGAAAGCACGAAAUCUCAGUAACUAUAAAUGAAGAGCAUGUUCGUGGGAGUCCUUUUGCUGUAGUUGUCAAAGCAAGAAGCGUCACCCCUGUAUCAAAAUUUGGAGAGCAAAGGUUGCAUCCUGGAAGCCUCAGCAAGCCUUGGGGCAUUGCAGUGAGCCCCUGUAAUGAAAUAGCAGUGACUGAAAGCAAUGCGAACAGUGUUAAAAUAUUCAGCUACAAUGGGACAUAUUUGCGGUCUUUUGGAAGAAAGGGCAAUAAGGAAGGAGAAUUUUACUAUCCUACAGGUAUAGCUUUUAAAGAUGGUGAGAAAAUUUUAGUAUCAGACACUUUUAACCAUCGCGUUCAAUUUUUUUGUGACCAUGGCAAUUACCUCGGUCAAUUUGGGGGAGAAGGAAGUCUUGAUCACCAGCUAAAGUAUCCACACGGCUUGUUUGUGGACAGCGUGGGUAAUAUCAUAGUUGCUGAUUCAGGCAAUAAAUUAGUCAAAUUCUUUUCUCCUACUGGUUUUUGUUUAAAGAAAAUAGGCGAAGAAUACCAUCUUAAAAAACCAUUCAACUGUAUUCAGCAUGACAAUCUGUUUUUGAUAUCGGACAUUUCUGAGCAUUGCAUCAAAGUAUUUGACAGUAAGGGACAAUUUCAAUACAAAAUAGGAAAAAGAGGACAGGGGGAUGGGGAAUUCAAUGAACCGUCCCAUGUCUCAGUUUACAGACCAGGUGAACUGAUAAUUUGUGAUUCGUUAAAUCAUAGAGUUCAAAUAUUCAAAUUAAAUGGUACAUUUGUCUUAAAAUUUGGGGAAAAGGGAGAUAACGCAGGAGAAUUUAAGAGACCAACGUCUUCAGCCGUUCUCCGUGAUGAUAAGAUUGUACUGAUAGAUUGUUUCAAUGACCGCAUACAAAUACUCAGCGAGUAGAGUCUCCCACCAUAUACUUUCAGAUAUUCAGUGAGCUUGCACAUGUAUCCUGACCUAAUUUCUAAAUGCUUUCGGGGAAAAUUACAAAGCCUGUUAUAUAAAUUUAUCUUUCAACUUAUCGUGCUGUGAGCUUUCUUUUUGCCUAAUAACAAUUUUGAGAAUUCUUAGCUCGAAAGGAUAAUUUCGUUUGAGAUGAUGGCUUGCAUUUCCUCAUUCAUAAAUUGGAAAGAAAAACUAGGUCAGAUGUUAUUACAAUUUAUUUACAGAAAAAAUAAAUGUCCCUUGUUACAAAAAUAACAUGUACAUUUUCAGUAUUUUCACUUGCUGGUGUUAUACGAAGAUAUGUGCAAAGUUAAUCAGAAUAAAGUACUGCAAAAAUCUA